UGGUGAUUUCCGCUUCCUGUGGGCAAAGGGCAAGCGGAAUGUAAACACGGGAGCGGGGCAGUGGUGCUCAAGUAACUGGCUCCCUCGUCGGUGCUGGGAACCGGAGGAAGAGCAGCAAAAGCAGAAUGGCUUCCUUCGGAUGGAAGAGGAAAAUUGGUGAGAAGGUCUCAAAGGUCACUUCCCAGCAGUUUGAAGCUGAAGCUGCCGAUGAAAAGGAUGCAGUUGAGAGUGAUGAAGGGAACGGGCUUCAUGCCACCAAACGCAGGAAGGAAAGUCUCCUGGAAGGCUGUGCCAGGAAAAGCAAGCAGCUGAAGGAUGAAGGAGCCAGCCUGGCUGAAAAUAAAAGAUAUCGAGAGGCGAUUCAGAAGUGGGAUGAAGCACUGCAGUUAACCCCAGAUGAUGCUACCCUAUAUGAGAUGAAGUCACAGGUCCUAAUGUCACUUCAUGAAAUGUUCCCUGCAGUUCACGCAGCAGAGAUGGCUGUGCAGAGAAACCCACAUUCAUGGGAGUCUUGGCAAACUCUGGGGCGUGCUCAGCUUGGACUAGGAGAGAUAGUGUUGGCAAUUCGAAGUUUUCAAGUAGCCCUUCAUAUCUAUCCAAUGAACCCAGAAAUAUGGAAAGAAGACCUUUCUUGGGCAAGAAAGCUCCAGGAGCAGCAGAAGAUAACUUGUUCGGAACUGCUCAGUAAAAUGAGAAAUAACCACAAUUUUAAAUAACUAAAUUAUAUCUUUCUAAAAAGAAAACAAACGUAGCGAUGUUAUUAGAAAUCCAAUGAGUUAAUAACUUAGGCACAGCACAUAUGGAGAUUGAAAUGUGAUUUGUGAUAGGAUCUCGUGAAUAGAGAAAGGUAUAUUGAAGAAGUAGUUCAUCGAAACAACACAGUUAUAGCCCCAAAUCAGUAUUGUCAUUGCUAAUGUGAACUGUUAUUUUUAUAGCACACCCGUUGUAGUACAGUUACAUAGAGCUGCUGGGCACUGUUACUUCUGACCCUCAGGAAGCUUUAUUGGUGUGAAAUCACGUUUAUCCUUGGUUGGAGAUGAAAGUAAGUUACUCUGUUUGAAGAAAUCUUCUGUUGGAGCAUUUGUUGGAUGCAUGUAAGUACUGGUUUCUAUUUUUCUGAGAUGAUUUAAGGUUUUCUUUUAGUAGAAUGUUUACCUCUUUUUUUUUUCAGAGUCUGAGAAGUCAGCACUUGCCUUGAAAGGUAUUACAUUUCCCCCCAAAGUUAUAUUAGAAAUUUAUCUCUGGUUGGCGAGGUUAAUUUUAGAAUGAUCCAAAAAACAAAUAUCAAUUAUAUUUUAUUUUAUGAAAAAUAUUCUCAGAGGGUGGGUAGUUGGGUGUCUAGAGAAGUUGGUAUGUUCUUUUGAGUUAAUGGGUAUUUGUUUAUUAUAUAAUUGGUGAAUAAGUCAUUUUUUUCUGUAUUUUAAAGAUUUGCCUAUUAUUUUGUGUUGUUAGCUUUUGGAAAAUUAGGUUUUUUCUUUCUUAUGUGAAAAUGAAAUAUGUAAAGCACUUUGUAUGUUAAGUUGCAUAUGAAGUACUUGGUAAAUGCUAGCCCUUUCUAUGAAGAGGUGGAAUUAGUUUGGAGAUAUUUAACCUCAGUUUUUCCUGAUCUUAAGAAAGGAGGAGAACUUCUUUGUGAUUUUUUUUAUCUGAAAGUGAGGAGUCACUACUUUUGAUAGAAUAGGACAGAUGGUCAUCAGUUGGGGGUUGUUCCAGAAGAGACAAGACCCGGGAUGGGGUGCAGGUUGCCACUAGAUGCUGCUGAGGAAUCUGUGUUCCCUUUGAAGUGACGUCUGUAGGCCAGGAUCGUCUCCUUCUCACUCACAUAAAGGACAUAGGAUGGUUUACACAUGAGAUGGAGGAGGAAGAGAAAUCCUGAAUUAUGGAGAAGAAAGGCAGCUCAUUUCUCCAGGCCCCAAAAGAUGCUUAGCUAACACUCUUUUGUGCAUGAAGAGAAAAUGGCAAACAUUAUUUUAUAGGGAGGUGAAUACUGAAAUGCUGACAUUUACUAAACUGACUGAAAUAAAUUCUUUUGAGUCUGAAAGAAAAUAAUUGAUAUUCAUGGUAGGAUAUAAAGAUGUUUAAUAUACUGCCUGAAACAACAGUACACAUUAAAAUUAUAUGGAAUACAAUUUGUAUUUUUCUUGGUGGAAAAUUGUAUGGCAUAGAUACUCAUUAGUCAGAACACUAUACAUCCAGACCAUGCCUGCUAAUUUGAGAGUCAUGUAUUAUUCUCUAGACAAUAGAUUCUUGUCUUGUUAUUCAUCUGAAAUCUAAGAAAUGCUACAUAAAGAUUGAAAAGUCAUGCAAUGUAUAGAUCACAGAACCUAAAUCUCUUGUAAUUGGGGUUUAUGUACAGUAUUUUAUGGUAGUUAUGGCAAAACUAUAAUGAAGACUUACAUCAAAAAAGUUUAUCUCAGAAAGCUGGAGUUUUCGUGAUUAUAACUUAUCAGUACAGCCUUUUGAAUUUGAAAAUAAAGUUAUGCUUUAUGUCAUGUUGUCAAAAGCUAGUUUCAUUGCCUUUCCCAGCAGUAGGAAAACGGUCAGUCAUUUCUUAAUUUCAGGCUUCAUGAGUCAGAAGCCCUCCCAAAUUGACUUUGGACUUUUAUUUCAUGACAUAAUGUAUCCAAAUGAUUUGUGAGUUGACACAAGAACCAAAGUUUCAUAAUUAUCUUCAAAUCAAUGAUAAUAUUAAAUGUGUUUUUUUUUCCUGAGAGAUUAUUAAAAUGAUAGUGGAUUUUGUAAUUGAUGGCAUUUUAGGAUUGAAAAGGUAAUGUGUUGUUGUUUUUUUAAACCAGUAAUAUAGAAAGGAUGCGAACUUCUUUUACCAAAGUAAAUUGAAAUAUGUCACUUUAGUCAUUUGCAAUUCAAUAGGCCCACUUGAAUGGAAGAGAAGGGGCAGCCCUAUAGCUAGCCUACUGUGAAUCGUGCCUUAAUGUGUGUUGUGUGUGAACUUCACCUGUUGUGUGUGCCAAGGUGGAAGAAAGGUUGAGAAACGUUGGUCUUCACUUUGUUGGGAGACAAAGGGUUGAGAUGGCUUCUUUUCACAGUGCUUCUUUUGACAUCUAUUAGCCAAGGAAUCCUGAUCUCUCUCUUCCCUCCCCCCUCCCUCCCCCUCAGGAGAGGGAAUUUAGGAUAAAUAACUGGACAUAAAAGCUCCUUUCUCUCCUUCAUUUGGAUUCAUCUUGCCUGCAGAGAGCCAAGCUUAACAGAUACAUAAGCUUGGCAGUGAAGGCUCCCUGCCUCUGUGGUUGGGCAGGACUGCCCAUGCUGGGUGAGUAGGUCUGUCUGAUUCUGGAUUUGAUAUUAGGUGGCCGUUGUUGGCAUGAAUCUAAAUUACAUCCUUUAACCUAGACUUCUUCAGCAAUACGUCCUCCAUACUGGUUCUCCACCUGCCUGACUCCUUUUGUCUCUCAAAUGCUUCACAAGUCAGGAGGGGGCAUGGGUACUAUAUGCCCCCUCCUAACCCCCGACAAAAAAUGAGUGCCUAUUAUAUUUCAAAGUAAGCACGACACAAAAACCAAAUUAGGAAAUUUUUUCUAAUUCUAGAUUUUUGUGGUAAACCAUGGAAAUUCUAUUGAAAUGGGUAAUGUUAAUUACAAGGUAACAUGUAAACAUUUGUCCAGGAUAUUUAAAAGGUCUACUGACUUGGAAUUGUGAUAGACCACAAUGUUGACUCUAGUUUUAAUUGGAAGGAAAGAAUUUGAGACAAACCAUGAUAUCCUCUGUGAACACGGUCAACUUUCUUACAUAUACUAAAAACACCCAUUAUAAACUUACAGUUUGAGGAGUUUAGACAUGUGAAUGCCUAUGCAAUCACCAUUACCAUCAAGAUACAGAAUAUUUCCAUCACCCAAAAAGUUCUCUUGGGCUCGUUUGAAGUCAUUCUCUUCCACCCCAACAACCAGUACUGUUCUGUUCCCUGUGAUUAUACGUUAGAUUUAACUUAUCUAGAAUUUCAAAUAAAUAUGUACUUUGUGUCUGACAUUUUUUGCUCAGUAUAAUACUUUUGUGAACCAUCCAUGUUGAGAUUUAUCCAUGUUACUGUGCAUAUCAGCAAUAUGUUCCUUUUUAUUGUGGAGUAUUAUUCUGUUGUGUGAAUAUACCACAAUUUGUAGCUUUUCAUAUUGUUGAUGGACAUCUAGGCUGUUGAUGAAUAUCUUGAGUUUGAUCUGUUAUGAAUAAAGCUGCUAUGUAUACUAGUAUGUGUUACAAGUUAGUGUGUGGAUAUGUUUUCACUUCUCUUGGGUUAACUACUUGGGGGUGGAUUUGCUGAGUUUUAUGGUAAAUAUAUAUGUGACUGUAGAAGAAACUGACAUUUUUCCAAUUUGUUUUGUACCAGCAAUGUAUUAAAAAGUUUUAGUUGCUCCAUC